AUGAACGACCUUCAGCAGAAUCAAACAACAGCACAGCAGGCAGAGAGUCUAGAGGACUCGAGGGCCAAUCCUCUGCGUCCCCACGAGCUUCAUUCGUCCAGAUAUUUUCAGCUCCUCAAGUCGCGCCGAAAGCUUCCUGUCUCCUUGAGACGCCAGGAGUUCUUGGACAUUUAUCAUGACUCGCAGGUCAUCUUGGUGUCUGGUGAGACCGGGUCUGGAAAGACCACUCAAAUCCCACAAUUCAUCCUCUUCGACGAAUGGGAAAGUGGUAAAAAAGUAGCAUGCACACAGCCUCGCAGACUUGCUACAACAUCUGUUGCUACUCGCACAGCCGCUGAGCUCGAUGUACCACUCGGGGAUCAAGUGGGAUAUAGCGUCCGCUUCGAGAGGAAGACGAGCAGAAUGACACGAUUAAAGUACAUGACUGACGGUCUCCUUCUGAGCGAAGCCUCGAAAGACCGCGAUUUUUCAGCAUAUAGCUGCGUCAUACUCGACGAAGCCCACGAGAGAACCUUGAGCACGGAUCUCCUGAUGGCUUUGCUGAAAAUGGCGACUUCGCGUCGGCCAUGCCUGAAAGUUGUCAUCAUGUCCGCUACUCUCAAUGUAGAGAAGAUCCAAAGUUACUUUCCUGCCGCCGCAACUUUCGAAAUAUCUGGAAAAGUCCAUCCAGUCCAAAUCCACUAUCUCUCACAUUCGACGCCUCGAUACUGCUACUGUGCAGUCACCGUGGUCAAGCACAUCCACAAGAAUAUGGCCGAGGGGGAUAUCCUGCUAUUCUUGCCUACCUCGGGCGAUAUUGAGAUGGUUUGUUCCAUACUUCGUGACGAGUAUGAAGAUCUUACGAUUCUACCUCUAUACUCUGCCCUCUCGCGAGCAAGACAAGAGGAAAUAUUCGAAGACUCGGAAUAUCGAAAAUGCAUUGUUGCCACAAAUGUGGCAGAGACCAGCAUCACAAUCGAUGGAAUCGUUUAUGUCGUCGAUUCGGGUCUGGAAAUCCGUCCCGUCUACAACCCGCGCCUCAGGAUGUCGACCGUACUCACCUCGCCCAUCUCCAAGGCAUCUGCCAAGCAGAGAGCAGGUCGUGCUGGGCGAACCCAACCCGGGAUCUGCUUCCGCUUGUACACAGAGCAAACUCACCGUGCGUGCUUCAUUCCUUCUGCCCCUCCCGGUAUUUUGGAAGGCGAGCUCGCGUCACAAAUCCUUCUCCUGAAGGUAAUGGGAUUCGAUUCUGUCGGAACGUUCGAUUUUGUCGAUCCACCUCACCCGGAAGUCUAUCUCCGAGGUUUGCAAGAUCUUCGCUCAAUGAGAUACAUUGACGACAAAGGCACGAUUACGCGUACAGGCCGCAUCGCAGCACGAUUAUCCGUCCACCCCAAAUGGCUCAAUGCCUUUAUGGAAGGACAGAAGAACGGCUGCCUCCGGGAAAUGAUUGACCUGGCGGCCAUCUCCAGCACGCAGCAUCCCAUCUUCCUGCGGCCUCCUCCAGCACGAUUCGCGGCCGACAUCGCCCACCAGAGAUUCGCCUGUCCGUUGUCAGAUCACAUUAGCCAACUCAAUGCUCUGCACGCCUACGAAUCCGCUAUAAAGACCGAGAACCGACUACCGAUAAACCAGUGGUGCUUCGACGCUUUUCUCAACCGUCGUGCCCUGAGCGAGGCCGUCAGGAUCAGAGACCAAUUGGUCGUUUCAUUGCAGAAUGAGUUGGCCAUUACGAAAGAAGUUUGCAGAUUCGAGGAUGCAGAGUAUGAUACUCAUAUCCGGAAGACUCUCGCCCGGAGUUUCUUCUACCAGUGCGCUCUCAAACAUCCAGAUAUGUUUGGCACCAUCUACAGGACGGUACAUGAAGGCCACACCGCCGGCAUCCACCCAGAGAGUGUACUUUCCGAGGGGAUCCAAGAAUGGAUGGUGUAUAGCGAGUUUGUCUCCAGCGGCACUCCAUACCUGCAGACUGUAACGGCCGUGGACCCAGCCUGGUUGAUUGACCUGGAUUUCUUUCAAGACGAUAGCCUGCCCAAGACGGCAGAUGGAAAUUUCAAGCAACCCCUUGUCAAAAAAUCGCUGGACAAAGCCCGGAAAAAGAGAGACAGUUUGGAGGAGGAUUUGAUCUCCUUUGAAAUACUGGAUUUGAAGGCCACCUAG